AUGUUCACAAAACAAACUCUAAUGGAACAUUUAGAGAAGAUAUCGGAAAAUGCAAAGUUUAUAAAAUUCGAUUUUGUGUCAACAGAAAAUUUUUCAGUGUCACUCAAAUGUAAAGUGGAAACGAAACAAAAUAAAGCUUACUACGAUGCGUUCGUGUUGCAAUGGAUAAAGAAGUUCUCUAUGUUCACAGCGACUACUUGGAUCGUAAGAAACAGCUUUCCGAAAGUAACGCGAAUUCUAUAUAGAAAAUUGUACAAUUGCCACCGUGCCUCGUUUAAUAAAAAAAAAACGACUAGCCUGACGACACUCAAUCAAGAAUGCAGAGCUAAAAUCGAUUUCAAAUUGAAAUUUAUUAACAGAAAUACGAUUAGAAAUGAUAAAUGUUUAAGAGAGGGUUUAAAUAUGAAUAUCACAAUAGAAUUUGUGCACACGCAUAAGUUGAGGACGCCCGAAGCAGUUAACAUGCUCAAGAGUACGUCAGAUACGAAUGACUUAUUUUUUAAAUAUUUUUCUACAGGAUACUCUCCAACGGGUGCUAAAAAAUACCACGAACUAUUGAUAUGCGAACGUUACGGGGACAGUCCAGAGUACAUAAUGAAUGCAAACAUAAACCCCACAAUGAGGCAUAUAAUGUAUUUACACUCGAAAGCAAAACCAAAUAACUGGAGCAAUCAGAGUUUCGAGGAAUUAAUGGAACCAAGGAAAAGGUCAUUGGAAUCCGCUGGCGGUUUCCUUACUUACGAUACACUCAAGGUGGUUAUACUUAUCACGCCGCUCAUGAAAAGAGUGAUAACAACCCUCGACCUAGAUCAUAUUAUAGUAGAUAGCACGUCCAUCGGUGUAAUUAAGACUUUCCUGUAUGUCCCCAGCAAAGCGGGAGCGUUACCAAUUGCAUGCAUACUGCACACGGAAAAAUGCAAAACAUUCUAUAUACAAGCUCUUCUGGAGGCUAAGCAGGCCUUGGAAAAUAUUGGCAACAUUAUAGUUGUUCCGAAAAUUAUAACCAUAAAAGAUUGUAACGAAGUAAGGGACGCUGUAAAGGUUAUAUUUCCAAACGCAAAAGUGGUUACGUCGAAAUGGUCACUGCGCAGUGACGUAUGGCGUUUGAUAUGCAGCGAAGACAUUAAAAUCGAAUCACGAAAACGACAUCCUCUCAUGGAAUUAUUCAACAAUAUUAUAAGAUCAUGCAAUGUAGAAGUCGGGGAAAAACAUUAUCAUCGUUUAAAAGACGAAGAAUACGUGACAUCUUCUCAAUUACUAUCGAAACGUGUAGAACAAUUAUGGCAGAGCAGAGAUCAAUGGAUGUUGAAAUAUGAAGAUACUUGCAUGAAUCUCGUUGAAGCCUCGAUACUCAUUACAAAAGAAUUUAUUCGUCGGAGAUGCAAAUCAUUUAAUACAUACAUUAUGGUGGACGUGGUUACGAACAUCUUAGAAGACAAAUUACGUAACGUGUUACUGUCUCAUGUGAAAAAUCAAAAUUUAGUAUCCGCCUAUACGAGGUCAUCUAUAACGAGCAAGGAAGUAAUAAAGGCCAUUGGUUGCAAUGAAUUCAGAGUCGAAAUAACUUCCUCCAAAAAGCCUAAGGUCAUCAAAUUCAGAAUAGACACUUGGUGCUGCAACUGUUCCAUUGGUAGAUACGGAAGAUUUUGCGAACACUUAUCGGCCGUACUUAACUUUCAAGACACAGAAUUACUGAGAAGUAUAGAACUGACUGACGAAGAAAAAUAUUUAUUCACUGAAAUAGCCGGUGGAGAUAAAGAAGAAGAGAAUUUAUCGAUGAAGUCGGAAAUCGCAGUUAGCAAUGAUGCUAAUGACAAUGUCGAAGUCAGCGACAGCUAUAAAGAUAACAAAAAUGACUUUGCAAUGGACGUCGUCGAAGAAGAACGACCCAUUUCUCCGGAGAGUCUAGAUGCUGAUAACGAUUAUUUUCAUUUAGAAGUGAAAACAGAACCAUUGGAUAGCAAUGAUCCAUUAGAAGAGGACAAGAAUAUUUCUACUGGUAUCACUCGAGAUAUGAUCUCAGAUAAUUCAGAAGAAAUAAUAACGCGAGAAAUCGACUAUACAAUGGACUCGUCUCGUGCUACAAAGGUCGCUUUGAGGAAUCGAUACGAAAACGUUAUGAGAACGCUGAACGAUGAAUUUCGCAGACUUAAUAAUUACUUUAAAAUGAAUCCCAACAAGAGCAACAUGGAGACGAUGGAGCGCCUCGCCAGAGAACUGAGAAAGAUACGACCGAUAGAAAGGGUAAAUUUUGCCAAUAUGCAUAUCUCAUUAAACAAUGAGGAGAACAACUCAAAUAUAAAAUGACACACGCUAUUGUAUCUACAGUUAUAUCUUUCUUAUUUAAAAUGACACAGACAAAUAUAACUAACUAAACUGGUACAUAAUAAAGUUAAGCUAUCUUAAUUAAAACGGAUGUCGUGAUUGUGUUUGAAAAUAAAAGUGUAGUUAUUUUUUUAUUGAUUGUAUGUUUAUUUUUAAAUAAAAUAAUGCUUAAUAAAAAAAAAAUCAAAAUUUCUUUAGCAAUACACACGAGAAAUUAAGAAAAGAGGAAAGAAAAUAUUGUUUGCUUUUUUGCAUCGAAAAGACUCCGAAACCACUAGGCAGAUUUUAAAAAUUCUUUCAUCUACGGGAAGCUACGUCAAACGCAGGUGUCUUAUAUUUACGCGGACGAAUUUGCAAAAAAACCACUAGUAUGUUAUAAAAAUUAAAUUAUGCCAUUUUCUGCUUUUAUUCAUGAUCAAAUUUGGUUAGGAAGUGAACUAAUGCUGAAAAUAUUUAUUGCGCCAAGGUGGAUAUGAGUAAAAUAGAUCUUAGAAGUCGGGAUAUAUUAUCUUCAAUUAGAUCGCUAUGAUAUUUAUUUUAUAUCCAUAGUAUUUUGAAUGUACAAUAUUAGUUAAUUGAUAAAUUUAUAUCUCUGAAUCAUGAUGUACUUAUUAGAAUUAGUUUAUUUUAUUUUUGGCAUGAAUAAAGAAUUAUUAUUAUUAUAAUGUAAUUCAUAUAUUAUACAGUAAAAUAACCAAGAGGGUUAUUAAUAAUUCAAAAGUAUUUUAAAAUGAAAUAAUGAAGUUACACGUCUAUAUAAAAAUAUAUUUUUAUCGCAAAUAGGGAAUAUAUAUACACAUUUAUUAAAAAUAUUUUAUAUAUUUAUUUAUAUCGACAUAUAACUGAAAAAAAAAUGAAAUUAAAUAACAACUACAACCACUUUCCGCCGUUAGUACAUCGACGAAAGCAAAAAAUCUACGAAACUAUUACGAAUGCAAAACAUCUGCUUCUUUGUAACAGGCAAAGAUCUAUGACGGGCAGAAACUUGAUAUUGCGCCCUUCUACACCGCCUUCCACAUUUUGGAAUGUAUGAUUUUUUUCUUUUAUGAACUUUGAAACAUAUUCAAAUAUAUCCGUCCCAUCAUAGGGUGUAUGAAUAUUAAAAUUUCGUGAAGCUCGUUCUUUUUUCUGAUUUUGACUCACGGAAAAGAGGUUAGAAAGGCGAUCAUGCGUCCUUUGUACGAAAACCGAUAUCGCCAGUCUUGCUAGGAGUGAGACGUAUUUACUGGAA